AAAUCGGUCUAUCAUCCAUCAGCUCACCUGCCGCUGUUUUGUUAUUAAGAGCAGCGGACCUGUCGUAGGAUUGCUAUGGAUGGCGGCAACUUCUUCCCGAUUGGCGUGUGCACUGUUUGCUCGUUGUAGCGGGACGGUGAUACUACAAAUUUUCACCGGAAGCUAUUGAGAAAGGAGAGGAAUCCAACCAUGAUAAAUGUUUUAUUAUUCCGGAUCUGAUCGCGGACAAUUUUGAGCUCAACUGCGAUUGCCGAUCUUUUCUCCUCGCCGGGAGACCGCUCCGACUCACGGUCCUCCGCAAGGAAUAUAGUUUGGACUUCCAAAUCAUGGAGAGCUAUAGAAAAAAAGCUUGUGUGAGCGAAGACAUCUCGAAGCAGAGAGUGACCCUCGUCGACGAUCGGAGAUCUUUGGAUCAAGCAGUGAAGAUCCUCCUCCGUUAUUUCAUAAUCGGUUUGGACGCUAAAGUUAAACGGAAGCGGUCCAUCAAGUAUGUUUCCCACAUAAUCUUCGCAACUUCCAACGAGCUGAUCGUCGUCGAUGUGAGGGCAAUCGGAAGGAUGCCCCACUUCCAUUACAGUGAUUGGUCAGCUCUUGGCAGCUUACUGGGCGAUUCGAUGAUCACCAAGAUUGGAUUUAAUAUGCAACAAAAGCAGCAGCUCAUUAAGGAUGUCCUCUGCGGGGUAUUCCUCAACGGCGUCGUUGACCUACGUGAAGCUUUCCGAGCCAUAGAGCUCACAAAUCCCUCCUUGUCAGCGCCUCGGGGUGCUCCUUGUGAGGGACUUCGUGCCCUUCGGAAGAUCUGCUAUAACCUUCUCGACAAACAGAUGCCAGACGAUUCGUGCGAAAUUCCUGAGCUCGGACCCCUGUCUGUGGUAGCGAAACAUGCGGUUGUCAUGGAAGCUUUCAUUGUUUUUCACGCUUACAUCGAGCUGGAUCGUAGGGUGCGACCCCAGAAUUUAUCAGCCCUGAUCCAGGAACUAUUGAGGGAGCCGAGUCCUGGCCAGUUUUUGACAUUAAGCGUGCCAUGGAGCUCCGUUCACUUCGUUGAUACAGUGGAUAGCUAUCUAGAUGCCGUAGAAUAUUUGAAUGAAUGCAGCAUCCUCGGUUUUGAUUCGGAAUGGAAACCAAACAAAGGUCCUAUCAGGAUGGCACUCCUUCAAGUUGCAUCGGAGGACAAGGUCUUCCUCUUCGACGUGAUGGCGUUGCACAAGAUCCUGACAUUUGGGGAUUGGACGCUACUCAAAUCCAUUUUCACUGAUCCCAACAAACUCAAACUCGGGUUUGACACGAGAGAUGAUUCGAAACUACUGGAAGACUUCAUGGGACCCUUGAGCAUGUCGUCGGUUACCGAUAUGGGUGUCGUGAUGCGCGCGAUGGAGAAGCUGAGACCAGAGUGCAUGUAUCAGAGAGACGGCUACGUUUUCCCCGUCGUGCGCGGCCUGUCGCGUCUCUGCAACAUUCUUCUGGGUAGACCCCUGAACAAGUCUAAGAAGCUUUCAAUGACGAAUUGGGAGAAGAGACCUCUGGCUCGUUCUUCCCUGGAAUACGCGGCUCUUGACGCGCACUGCUUGGUGCUGUGUUGGAAAGAAUUGAUCCAAAGAUUAGGACCGACGGCAGAGGACCUCAUUGAGAUCUCGGUCAUCGCUUACAAUGUAGAAACGGAAGCUUUGAAAAGUGUUCUAUGAAAUCUGUGAUACGCGGAAUGGUGCUGAUUUCAGCAGCCUCAAAAUAAUCGAAGCAGUUAUGGACGUCCGACUCUAGAGGCCUCGCAGGCUCCGCUGCUGCGUUAAUAAUUCCCAGUAAGAAUUUCUGACCACAACGACA